AAAAUGAUCUCAGUGACCUUUGAGGAUGUGGCUGUGAACUUCACCCAGGAGGAGUGGGCAUUGCUGGAUCCUUCCCAGAAGAACCUUUACAGAGAUGUGAUCCUGGAAAUCCUAAGAAACCUGGCUUUUAUAGAAAACAAAUUGGAUGAAAAGAAUAUUGAAGAUGAGAUCAAAAAUUCUGAGAGCAUUCUAAGGCACAUCACAUCUCACUCUGGACACAAAUGCUACAACCAGGAGGAAUGUGAAGAGAAGCCACGUGAAUUUAAACACUAUAGGCAAUCCCUGGCUUUUCUAAAAAAUGUUCACACACAAAUGUUAAUACAAACUGGAGAGGGACCUUACGAAAGUACACUACGUGGGAAAGUCUUCAGUUGUUCUAGUGACAUUCAAAGACAUGAAGAUACUCAUACUGGGUUGCAACCCUAUGAAUAUCAACAAUGUGGUGAAGCCUCAUCUUCUUCCACACGUGUUCAAAGACACAUGAGAACACACAGUGUAGGUAAACAUUUUCAGUGUGACAUAUGUGGGAAAGCCUUUCAUUUUCCUUCUUUAUUUAGAAGACAUGAAAGAACUCAUUAUGGAGAGAAACUCUAUGAAUGUAAACAAGAUCGUGAAACCUUUAUUUCACACACAAGUCUUCAAAGGCAGAGGAUCACACACAUGGGGAAUGCACAUUUAAAAUGUAAGGUAUGUGGGAAAGACUUUGCUUACCCCAGUUUAUUUAGAAUACAUCAGAGAACACAUACUGGAGAGAAGCCCCAUGAAUGUAAGCAGUGUGGAAAAGCCUUUUCUACAUCCAGUUACCUUAAAAUACAUGGAAGAACACAUACUGGAGAGAAGCCCUAUGAAUGUAAGCAGUGUGGCAAAGCCUUUGCUAGUUCUACUGACUUUCAGAGACAUAGAAGAACACAUCCUGGAGAGAAGUCCUUUAAAUGUAAGCAGUGUGGAAAAGUUUUUUCAAGUUCCAGUGAACUUCAGAGACAUGGAAGAACACAUACUGGAGAGAAACCCUAUGAGUGUAAGCAGUGUGGCAAAGCCUUUGCUACAUCCAGUAACCUUUACUCACAUGAAAAAACUCACAAUGGAGAAAAGCCCUAUGAAUGUAAGCAGUGUGGCAAAGUCUUUUCUACAUCUAGUUACCUUCAGAUUCAUGGAAGAAUGCAUACUGGAGAGAAGCCCUAUGAAUGUAAGCAGUGUGGAAAAGCCUUUGCUACGUCAACUUCCCUUCAGAUUCAUGGAAGAACGCAUACUGGAGAGAAGCCCUAUGAGUGCAAGCAGUGUGGAAAAUCCUUCACUAAUUCCUCUGGCCUUCACUCACAUAAAACAGUUCAUAGUGGAGAGAAGCCUUAUCCAUGUAAGCAGUGUGACAAAGCCUUUGCUAGGUCCAUUAGCCUUCAGAGACAUAGAAGAAUACAUACUGGGGAGAAGCCCUAUGAAUGUAAGCAGUGUGGAAAAGCCUUCACUCAAUUCUCUGGCCUUUACUCACAUAAAACAAUUCAUACUGCAGAGAAGCCUUACCCAUGUAAGCAGUGUGGCAAAGCCUUCGCUCGUUCCUCUGACCUUCACUUACAUAAAAGAAUUCAUACUGGAGAGAAGCCUUAUGCAUGUAAGCAGUGUGACAAAGCCUUUGCUGUGUACAGUAGCCUUUACAGACAUAGAAGAAAACAUACUGGGGAGAAGCCCUAUGAAUGUAAGCAUUGUGGUAAUUUCUUUGCUUGUUGCAGUUACCUUGCCAAACAUGAAAAAACUCACACUGGAGAAAAGCCCAAUGAGUGUGAGCAGUGUGGCAAAGCCUUUUCUACAUCCAGUUACCUUCAGAUUCAUAGAAGAAUGCAUACUGGGGAGAAGCCCUAUGAGUGUAAGCGGUGUUUCAAAGCCUUUGCUAGUUCCAGUGAACUUCAAAGACAUGGAAGAAUACAUAUCGGAGAGAAGCUCUAUGGUUGUAAACAAUGUGAAAAAGCCUUUGUUACAUCUGCUCAGCUUCACUUACAUGAAGGAACCCAUAGUGCAGAGAAAUCAUACUCAUGAAAACAAUUGGCAAAGUCUUCUGUUAAUAAUGUUUCACUCAUUAACAUGUAGUAAUUUUUCUGUAGAAAAAUUCCUUGAAUGUGAAAUGUGGGAAAUCAAUAUUUCUUGUCAAAGUGAAAAAAGUGCUCACAUGUCCAAAUCAAUCAAUCAAUCUAUCUAUCUAUCUAUCUAUCUAUGUAUCUAUCUAUGUAUCUAUCUAUAAUACUGGGGAUUUAGUCUGGUGGUCAUCUAUCACUGAGCCACAACCUUUUUCCUUUUUAUUUUGAGAGAGGGACUUGCAGAGUUCUUUAGGGCCUUGCUUAUGUGCUGAGUUUGGCUUCACAUUUGUGAUCCUUCUGCCUCAGACCCCGAGUCUCUGGGAUUAAAGGCAAACACUACUAGAUCCAACUGAAUAAAGCUUUAUAUGUGAAGAUUGGAAAAUCAUUCCAUUUUUCCUGUUGCCUUCAAAGUCAUUUCACUCACACUGAAAAACAAACCCUGAGAAUGUGGAAGAUUUGGUACAUUCUGUCAGCUUCCCAUCCCAGCCCUGCUUUCCUUCUCAUAUAUGAAAAUACAGAGAGAAACCCUGAGAAUGUGAUUAAUGUAGGAAGUCUUCUAAUUUUCCCAGUUUUUUAUAAGGUCUGGGAAGACUCUUCUGGAAAGAUUCAUUUCAAAAUGAAUAAAUC